UUUCUUAUUACAAUAUGGAGUCCAUGCUUGAGAAAUCUAUAUUUGUUUGAAUAAAAAUUAAAGAAGAAUGGACUUUUUUGAAGAUGAGGCUGAAGUCUCUGACCACAGCAGUAGUGCUUCGGCAUCUGAUGCUGGGUCAGACUCAGAUGUCUCAGAUUCAAGUGUGAAACAGAAGAAGGUAAAGAAGGACAAAAAGAAGAAAAAGGUCGUUGUAUCAGAUGAUGAUGAUGACGACGAAGAUGAAGAUAUUGAUGAGGCAGCAAUUGCUGAGGAGAUGAAGGAUUUUAUUAAUGAGGAGGAGGAAGAAGAGGGUGGAGAAGAGGAGGAGGAGGGCCCUGGCGCAGAGAAACGCAAACGUGAGUCUGAGGAAGAGGAGGAUGACCAGCUAGAGGAUGAGGAUUACGACCUCAUUGAGGAAAACCUCGGCAUAAAAGUGAAACGGUCCAAAAAGUUGAAGCGUAUCAAGCGUGUGGUGACAGAUGAUGAGGACAGUGAAGGAGAAAGGGAGCGAGGUGAGGACGAGAGGGAGAGGAUCGCCAAUGAGUUGUUUGAGGGCGACGAGGAUGAUGGAGAGGAGGAGGACGAUGCUCGGUCCCGUAUGACCAAGGCCGAGACUGAGGUGCAGGACCUCACUGUGGAGGGAUCAGAGGAGGAGGAUGAAUUGGAUGAUUUCAUUGUUGGAGAUGAUGGUCAACCCAUCAGGGGGAAGAAAAAGAAAAGGCACAUCAUCCACUCAGAUGCCCUUCUGCAGGAGGCCCAGGACAUUUUUGGUGUGGACUUUGAUUUUGAUGAGUUUAAGGAGUACGCCGGGGAGGAAUCUGAGGAGGAGGAAGAUGAGUACGAGGAAGAGGACAUGGAUGAAGAGGGGGGCACACAGAAGAAAGAGAAAAAGACUCGACCAAAGAAGGGACUCAAGGCCUCCGCUUCUUAUGAGCCGGAGGCAUUGAAGAGGGCGUUUAUGACAGAGCAGGACAAUGUUGUCCGAAACACAGACAUGCCCGAGCGAUUUCAGCUGAGGACCACGCCUCUGAAGGAGACUGAAGAAGGGGAGUUGGAGGAGGAGGCAGAGUGGAUUUACAAGCAGGCCUUCCGUGUACCACCCAUAUCCACACAGACAUUCUCAGAGCAGGAUGGGGGCAGUUUUGGUUACAACAAGAAAGGCCCUACCAUGGUAGAGAAGAUAAAAAAAGCAGUGGACUUCAUGAGAAACAAACACCAAGAGGUGCCGUUUAUUGCUUUCUACCGCAAAGAGUAUGUGGAACCAGAUCUGAACAUCAAUGAUCUAUGGAAGGUGUGGCACUGGGAUGAAAAGUGGAGCCAGUUACGUACCAGGAAGCUGAACCUGAUCCGACUGUUUGAGCGCAUGCAGUCUUACCAGUAUGAGGUGAACUCUGACCCGGAUAAGGUUCUUGCCACCAACGUGCGGACACUCACAGAAGAGGAUAUUGAUAGGGUGCGUAAGGUGGAGAAUAUGGAUGAGCUGCGUGACGUGUACAACCACUUUCUUCUCUACUACGGCUCCGACCUUCCCAAGAUGCGCAUCCUGGAGCGAGAAAAACGGCGUGAAGAGCGUGAGGAAGGUGGUGAGGGACGGGAUAUUGAUGAUGAGGGAGACACGGUGAAACACGCCUCCCGCAAGUCUGGAUAUACUAUCUGUGUCAACAACAAACUGGAUGAGAUAGCCUUGAGGUUUGGUCUAACUCCGGAGCAGUUUGGUGAGAACAUUCGAGACAACUACACAAGGCAUGAAGUAGAUCAGUGCCCUAUGGAGCCACAAGAAAUGGCCAAAGACUAUAUCUCUGGUCAAUUCCCAACAGCAGAGGAGGUGUUGCUAGGAGCUCGUCACAUGGUUGCCAUGCAGCUGUCACAUGACCCUAUGGUGCGUCAGGCUGUCCGGGCAGCAUUCUUUGAACGGGCACGAUUACAUGUUGUCCCAACAAAACAGGGAAUAAAGGUGAUAGAUGAAGCCCACCCAUGCUACCCACAGAAGUACCUGAAGAACAAGCCUGUGCGUGACCUGAAGGAUGAGCAGUUCUUGCGACUCGUGGAGGCAGAGGAUGAGAAACUCCUCACCAUCUCCAUCACCAUGGACGAGGACACGGACAACCCUAACAUACAGAAAUACUUUGAGGAGAUCAGGAACCUCUACUACAGAGAUGAGUUCAGCCACCUGGUGCAGCAGUGGAACACACAGCGAACACAGGCCCUGGAGAGAGCCCUCACCAAGAUCCUGUACCCACAGUUUGAGAAGGAAAUCCGCCUUAAACUCAUUAAUGAGGCUAAAGAGGGAAUUCUCAAGGCAUGUUGUCGUAAGCUGUACAACUGGCUGAAGGUGGCGCCCUAUGAGAUGGAACAGCAGAUGGAUGAUGACUACGACCUCGAUGAUAACGACACUGGCGUCAGGGUCCUUGGCAUUGCUUACAUAGCUGAGAGGGACACAACAGCUUUUGGAUGCAUGGUGAACGGGGAGGGGGAUGUAUCGGACUUCAUCCGCCUGCCCAACCUCACAAAGAGGAUCCGCUCACAGAGAUACAUGGAGAGAGAGGAAAAAGAAAAAGACAUGGAAAGAUUGAAGACCUUCAUAGAAACCAAAAAGCCACAUGUGAUAGCAGUUACAGCUGAAAACAUUGAUGCAUUGAUGAUCGUUGAUGACAUCAAGAAGGUGAUAGCUGAGCUCGAGCAGGAGGCCCAGAUGCCGCCCAUCAACGUUGAGCUUGUAGAUAACGAGCUAGCCCUUGUUUACGCCAACAGUGCUCGUGCUGAUGAAGAGUUCCGUGAGUAUCCACCCGUGUUGCGUCAUGCUGUGUGUGUGGCUCGGAGGUUGCAGGAUCCUCUCAUUGAAUACGCCCAACUGUGUAACCAGGACGAUGACAUACUCUGUCUCAAAUAUCAUCCCAUGCAGGACUCUCUGCCAAAAGAAGAGCUGUUGAAUGCGUUAAACCUGGAGUUUGUGAACCGGGUGAAUGAGGUGGGCGUGGAUGUGAACCGGGCCAUAACCAACUCUCACACUGCUGUCCUUGUGCAGUUUAUUUGUGGCCUGGGGCCAAGGAAAGGGGCUGCUCUCCUCAGGACAUUACGCCAAAACAGCACUCGGCUGGAGAACAGAACUCAUCUAGUCACCAUGUGUAGAAUGGGACCAAAGGUUUUCAUCAACUGUGCUGGAUUCAUCAAAAUAGACACCAACUCACUUGGUGACAGCACGGAGGCAUAUGUGGAGGUUUUGGAUGGUUCUCGUGUGCACCCAGAGUACUAUGAGUGGGCAAGAAAGAUGGCUGUCGACGCGCUUGAAUAUGACGACACAGCGGAGGAUGCCAAUCCAGCCGGGGCCCUUGAGGAAAUCCUUGAGAGCCCAGAGAGGCUUAAAGACCUUGACCUUGAUGCCUUUGCAGAGGAACUUGAGAGACAGGGCUAUGGUGACAAGCACACCACUCUGUAUGACAUCAGAGCUGAGUUGAACCACAGGUAUAAGGAUUUACGAACCCCCUACCGAUCACCUACCAAUGAGGAACGAUUCAACAUGAUUACCAAAGAAACACCAGACACAUUCUACAUAGGCAAGCUUAUGUUAGUGCGAGUGGUUGGUAUCGCUCACCGGAAACCCCACGGUGAGCAGCUGGACCAGGCAGACCCUGUCAGGAACGAAGAUACUGGUCUCUGGCAGUGCCCAUUCUGUAACAAGAAUGACUUCCCUGAGCUCAGUGAGGUAUGGAGUCACUUUGACAAUGGAAGUUGUCCUGGCUCUGCAGUUGGGGUCCGAAGUCGCCUUGACAAUGGCUGCACCGGUUUCAUACACAUCAAUCUUAGUGACAAAACUGUUACAGACCCGCUGGAGAGAGUUAAGAUCGGAAUGACUGUCCAUGCACGAAUCACAAAGAUUGACAUUGACCGCUUCACAUUGGAUCUUUCCACAAAGACUUCGGACCUACUAGACAAGGACAACCAGUGGAAACCUCCCAAAGACCUUUACUAUGAUGCUGACAAAGAGAAAAGCGAGUUAGAAAAAGAGGAUGAGAAAAAGAAAUUGCAAGCCAGACAGACAUACAUAAAGCGUGUGAUAGCGCACCCUAACUUCCACAACAUCAGCUACAAGGAGUGUGAGAAGAUCUUGGCCAACAUGGACCAGGGAGAGUGCAUUAUCAGGCCCAGUAGUAAGGGUGCAGACCACCUGACUGUGACAUGGAAGGUAGCUGAUGGGGUCCUACAUCACAUAGAUGUAGUGGAGCAGGGCAAGGAGAAUGCCUUUAGUCUCGGCAAGUCCCUACUCAUCGGUAAUGAGGAGUUUGAAGAUCUUGAUGAAAUCAUAGCCAGACAUGUUCAGCCCAUGGCAUCCCAUGCCCGUGACAUUCUCAACUUCAAAAAUUACAUGGACAUGGAUGGAGGAAAGAAAGAGGUUGCAGAAAGGAAACUGUACGAGGAAAAGAAAAAAUACCCAUCUAAGAUUCCCUAUUACCUGAGUGCCACAAAGCAAUAUCCCAGCAAGUUCCUGCUGUGUUACAUGCCUCGAAACAAGCCACGUUCAGAAUACAUCAGCGUGAGCCCGGAAGGCUUCAAGUACCGUCACAAGAGCUUCCAUUCCCUCAACUCAAUGAUGCGCUGGUUCAAGGAGCACUUCCGGGAUCCCAUAAUUGGCAUGGGUACACCCAGUGGUAGAACACCCAUGGUUGGCCAUACUCCAAACUUCAGCAUGCAAGGUGUGGAUGCUGCAGCCAUUCAUCGUGCAGCAAAGGGUCUUCCCAGCAAUAUUUACAACACGUUGGCCCAGGUGGCGGGCGUCACUCCUGCUGCUGGGGUCACACCAAGGGUCACACCUGGAUUCACACCCGCAGGGUUCACCCCCAGGACGGGGUUCACUCCACACACACCACAGGCUGGCACCAGUGGAUACAGGUCUGGAGUAAGUGUGACCCCACUGCUGACCCCAGCAGCUGCUGCCACACCCUCCUAUCAGCCAACCCCGAAGGCCCAGUGGCCAGGUGCUACACCCAGGACCCCCCGCAGCAGUGGACAAUCUAGUAGCAAGGCGGGCACAGACUGGGCAAAGGCUGCGGAGAUGUGGGCCAAGCACAAAAAGUUGGCCCCAGGGACCCCUCGCAGUCCCGCAGUGCGUCAGUCCCCCAGGGGUCGCGUCGGACAAUCUCCCGCGGGAGACGCCACACCACUGUUUGAUGAGUGAGAGGAGAUGGGACUGGCAGAUGGAUAAAAUACGUGGACGAGAAUAGAGCAAAUAUGAUUGAUUAAUGGCCAAAUCAUGAAAGACCAUAUUGACAAAAAUCAGUCUUCUGCAUGUGACAUUGUGUGGAUUGUGUCAAGCAGUGUAUUAAGAAUUUUACCUUUGGUAUUCGAUCUGUUCAAUUUAAGUGGAUGCCAGGUUUUUUCAGCAAUUUUCUCAAUCAUGAGUUGCUUUGCCUAUUAACAGUGUGAAGUUGAUUGUUUUACGUUAAAAUGCAUGAAAGCAUAGUGUCAGAGCAAAGUAUGCGUUUGUAAAGUGUCUCUUCCUCAUCAUGAUAGAGAAAUUGUAUAUACAAUGUAGAUUUUUUUAUUUGUCUUAUUUUAUUUACAAUAAAUAUUUAAGAUAAUGUUGAUUAUGUCAGAGGUUUGAAACCGCACUCAUGUCAUUAUUAAGUUUUAUAUCUGCCUUCUAUAUAGCGUGGGGCCUAUGAUAGAAAGUAUGGUAGCAAAGUAUGGUAGUAAAACAAAAAUACUUCCAUACAUGCACGUGCAUGUACAAUAUGUUAAUGUGCAGUAUGGAAAUACUACAUGUGUAUGUACUGAGGACUACACUGAUAAUUACCGUGAGUUGGAGAAGCUGCAUUUUGUAUAAAGGUGGUUUAUUCGUACAUUCGUACGGUAGUAUAGGCUUAUUCUGAUGCUCGUUGUGGUCGCACGCAAUAUGGAUGACAAAUGUGGCAAUUGUUCAAAGUGUUACUGCAUCUUUUGGCCGUAGAAAACAACAAAAGAUUUGUGUAAAACUGGUUUAACAUAAUAGUACAAACAGUGCUUAAGUUCUUAAUUACUAUGCUCUUGCUUAUGUAAAUAUGGCUGUUUAUGAUUGAAAAUGCAA